GGGAGCGGAAAAAAUGGCGCCGACGUGAUCGGGACCCCGCGUCGCCGAGGAAGUCGCCGCUGCUGGAGCUGGAGCCACCGAAGGCACCCGAGCCAGAGGUCGAGCUGAGGGGAAGAUGGAGGAACCGUCCAAGCCCAGCCCGGACAUGCUAGCCACUGCAGAGUCCAGCUCCAGUGAGCCCGACAAGGAGGUGGCGUCUCCAGAUGUGGUCGCUCCAGCCACGUUCUCCUCCGUGGAGGAGCCAGGCCCUAACCUGACACCCAUACCACCAGUGUGGGACCGUGGAGGACCUCCGCAGCAGGUUGCCGCUCCAGACCCAGAUACCUGCCAGCCGGGCUCAACCAGCACAGCUGUGGGGACCAAUGAGGACCUGAGGUUGCCCAGACGACGUCCACCACCAGGAAAACAGAUACCCUGCUCUAGCCCUGGCUGCUGCCUCAGUUUCCCCAGUAUUCGUGAUCUGGCACAGCAUCUCCGUACCCACUGCCCACCCACACAAUCACUGGAAGGCAAACUCUUCCGAUGCUCAGCCCUGAGCUGCACUGAGAGUUUCCCCAGCAUGCAGGAGCUGGUGGCCCACAGCAAGCUACAUUACAAGCCCAACCGCUACUUCAAGUGUGAGAAUUGCCUCCUGCGCUUCCGCACUCACCGCUCCCUCUUCAAGCAUCUGCAUGUUUGUGCAGAGCAUGCUCAGAGCCCAGUCCCACCACCACCCCCUGCCCUGGACAAAGAGCCACCCGUGCCCGAGCGCCCCGCAGACUCCGACCCUUCAUCUACUCUGAGCCUGCCUUUCCCUCUACUUGAGCCUUUCACCUCUGCCCCCACCGGGCCCUUCCUUCCGUACUUGAACCCUGCGCCCUUUGGACUGAGUCCCCCGCGACUGCGCCCAUUCCUGGCUGCUGCUCCAGGACCUCCAGCCUCCAGCACUGCCAUCUGGAAAAAGAGUCAAGGUGCUACCGGAAGUCCCAGAAGACCUCAGGGCGGCUCAGAUGCGCCCUCGGAGGUCCAGGGAUGGGAGCCAAACUUUGGUGCCUUCAGUGAUUGGCAGUCAAGCCCAGGAGAAAGGACCCAACUCCCUGGACCCUGGAAGCUGAGGGGGACGAAUGUAGGGAAAAGUUUAAUUUGCCCUGGCCGACAUCCACCAUCCCUGUGGAAAGGUCCUCUGGGGUGGAACCCGGGACUGACCACGGCCUGCCUGCCUGCCUGUCUGCUUGCCUGCCUGCCUGCCUGCCUGCAGGGUACGUGGCCCCCAGCCGCAUCGUGUGGGAACACACGCGUGGCCGCUACUCGUGCAUGCAGUGUGACUUCUCCACGGCCUCACGGCCCACCAUGACACUGCACCUUCAGGACCACCGCCCCAGCACCCCCACAGACCUGGCGCCCGGGUCCCUGCGUGCCGACGCCGGGGCGGGUAAGGCUGAGGAAUGUUUCAGCAUGGAGCCCGAGGCAAGAGGUGAGGCCCAGGCUCAGUGGCCGCCUCCUCAGCAUCACACAGACCCAAUCCCAUUUGCUCCUGCGGUGUCACAACUGUCAGAGUUCAGUUCUGAACCAGCUGUGUUGGCCUGAGUGGGAGAGCCUGCAGAGAUUUUUGUAAUUUGAGGGGGGAGGGGGUAAUAAAG